UGGUGGGCAGAGCUGCGACUGUGACAAAGUCAAAUAUAUGCGAGUGACAGAGUCUCUCACUCAGAAAAUUAGAGGAAAUCAAUCUUGUCAGGCAGCUGCAUUCAAAACAGGCGAAAGUCUAAAAAAGUGAUUAGCUUUAUGACUAAUUAAUCUGAUAACCAGUCUGCAGAAAGGCUCAUUAUGAGUUAAUUAAUGAGGAACUCCGAUGAGAACGUAAGAAAGAAGGAAGACGCAGAGGUGAUGGGAAAUCGCCACGAAAUUACAACAACAUACGAAAAAGUGAAGAUGGGUUUAAAUGACAGAAGCAGGGACGUGAUUUUAAUGCUCUGCGGAAUCUAAAUAAGGUUUUUUUUUGUUCUACCAUGCAUAAGAGAUGGAUACGUCGGAGGUUGCCUGUCUUCAUUUUCACCUUCUUCAUCAUUCUGUACGUGGAUUUUCAAUUACGCACCAGCAGCCCUCCCAAACUCAGUGUGGUUCACCAUCUAUCACCCGGUGCGCUCCAGCGCUCCAUCCAGCAGGUUCCCUCCGCGGCCAAGGGCGCACCGAAUCCGGCCAGUAACAGCAGCAGCAGCAGUAGCAGCAGCGAUGGUAACCCACAGAUCGGGAACGGAAGACCCCCGGCCUCCGAGGGUGCACAUGUCACCCGAGCAAAACUGAAGCAGGGGGACAUCUUCAUCGCUGUGAAGACCACUGGGAGGUUCCACAAGACGCGUCUCGCGCUCCUUUUGGAGACGUGGAUCUCCAGAACGAAGGCGCACACGUUCAUUUUCACAGACACGGAGGAUGAGGAUUUACGUUCAGAAGGUUAUAACAUGGUGGUAACAGCCUGCCAGUCAGACCACAGCCAGCAGGCUCUGUCUUGCAAGAUGUCUGCAGAAUACGACGGCUUCAUGGCCUCAGACAAGAGGUGGUUUUGUCACGUGGACGAUGAUAACUACGUGAACCCGGAGGCCCUCCUCUCCCUCCUCUCGGCGUUUCCCCAAGAUGGUGACAUCUACGUAGGCAAACCCAGCCUGGACAAGCCCAUCACUGCUCAUGAACUCCUGGAGGGAAAUGCAACGAGGGAAGUGCGGUUCUGGUUCGCUACAGGAGGAGCAGGAUUCUGUCUGAGUCGACGGCUGGCGGAGAAGAUGGCUCCCUGGGCCAGUGGCUCCCGUUUCGAGCAGACGUCGGCGACGAUCCGUCUCCCUGACGACUGUACAGUGGGCUUUAUUGUGGAGAAGAGGCUUGGAAUCUCUAUGGUCCACUGUCCUUUAUUCCACUCUCAUUUGGAAGACCUGCUGCUCAUCCGCCAUAGAAACAUACCACACCAGGUGACACUGAGCUAUGGGAUGUUUGAGAACAAGAUGAACAGUAUCGAGGUGAAAGGACGCUUCUCCAAGGAGGAAGACCCUUCCAGAUUUAAGACCGUCCACUGCAUGCUGUACCCUUUCACUAGCUGGUGUCCUUGAGCUCUUCAUAGAAGACUACAGCAGCGUGAAGUACUUUUCGGGGGGAUUAUGCUUCUAAAUUCAAAGAAAACUGAUGGAUUACGAUGGCAGAAUUUGAGAUGCAGAAACCAGGACUGAGGAGGCAGCAAGUUGGGACGAAGCCUUGGACAGCAGAGGACUGAACCGUCCCACUUCUGCUCGCUCUUUGUUUGCCACUUGUACCUGCUUACAACAGUGAACAGGUCAUGAACUCAGAAAAUAGGACGUUAAGAGAAUUUUGAAAAGGUUUCCUCUUCUUCACCUCUGUAUUACAAACAGGUCUUCAUGAUGAAAAAUGUGAUUUUUUUUUGCGUCUUUUCUACUGAAUGUUUUUGUUUGUUUGGAGGAUUUUUAUCAGUGGAAAUGAGGCACUCAAAACAAAGAGGCACUUAAACUUUUACGGUCUGAACUUUGUAAAGUUGUUUUUUUUUUGGCAAAUGGACAAAAUGAAAAUUCAAUUUACACAAACACAAACAUCUGUCAAGUUAUUUUUUUUGGCAAAGGACAAAAUGGAAAUGAAAUUUACACAAACAUCUGUGGACAUGGAUUCAAUUCAAGUUAGAUCGAUCUUUUAUUCAUUUAAUGACUUCACAAUAAUAAAAAAAAUUGUCAACAUUUUUAAAGUUGAUGAUGAUUAAAACUACACACAGAGUUGCACCUACAGGGCCUGAAUUAUCUUCAGGUGGUGCUGAUGUUGAAGUUGCAAAAUUUAAUUUUAGUUUUUAUUGAUUGAAUGCAUAUGGCCUUCUGUGUGUGUGUGUGUGUGUGUGUGUGUGUGUGUGUGUUAUGAAGGAGAUGAUGUCCUUGUGCUUAAGAAGUCGGCACACAAUCAACCAUUCUGACCCACAACUCCCUCCCUAUCCAAACCUCCUGUCCUCCCUCCCUCCUUUUUCUCACUUACUCCCAUCUUCCCUCCACCCCUCCAUCUGUCUUCUUCCCUCCUCCCUCUGUCUCUCUGUUUACUCCGUCUUGUUCACAAUCUCUGUGCCUGCUCCUCCAAGGCUGGUUGCAUUUUUUUUUUCUUUAACCCUUAAUAAUAACAACGACAACAGCAAACCACUGAAAGCUAGAAUAAGAUCACAGCUGACAUGUCUGAAACCCUGCGCAGAGAAUACGGUAUACAAACUAGCUCCCAAUUCACAAGCGAGUCUCACUAAACUGGACAAAUCAGGUUCAGACCGAGAAAACAAAUCUCACAAUGACAUGCACGCAAUCAAAUAUUAGUGUAGGAAUAGGAGGCAGAGGCCAUGUGCAGGAGUACCUGCAGAGAGAUGACACUGUGCUGCCAGCGGACCGCAGGUUGCUUGUUUGCGGUGAAUAGAAAUGUGAUGAAUACAGAUACGCUGGUGAAUGCCUCUGGUGCUGACUUUGUGUGAAGUGGAUGGAAAGUGGUUGGGAAUGUAGGAAUGACUGUGUGACCCUGACACAUCUCCGUGAGAAUACUGAGACCCAUCGUGUAGAGUAAAUAACACGAGUGUAUAAACACGGGCCGAAAGUUUACAGCGUAUGUAAAGUCAUCUUAGCGGCGCAGUGGUUACAGCAGGAAGCGUUUUUGUAGACAGACUUUUCAAAGUGUUUCUGGUUUAAUAAAUGGAGAGUAAGAUGAUAAACAGUGUUAAGAAGACGUGUGACCAAUAAAGUUUAAUUUCACAAGUGUUGUGCAUGUGGAACGUCGAAAUUUGAAGGAUGUGUUUUCAUCCAAAGUCCUUCCUCGCUGGGAAAAAUAUUAACAUUAACAAAAAGGGGAAACAACAGAAUGCCAUUUAAUUCAUAAUUACUUGAGUUUUAAUAUUAGUUUGGGUAAUUUAAUACAUAAUUUAUCAAAUCUAACCCCACUAGGAAUAAAACCACAAACCUAAACAGAGUUAGUGCCUUACUUCAAUCAUUGAAGGAACAGGAUCUGUCGUGAUGGUUCAAGCGUAAUGUAGUUACAAGCAUUUUAAAGUGUUUUAUUAAUGUACAGUAUUUAUCAACAAUUAGGCUAUAACUUUGUAGACAUUUUUUAUUUCAGCUGUGUUUUAAUAUUGUAAUUCAUUAUCUGUUUAUACACCAGCCUUCACUUACAGGAGGCCGAGAGAGGAGUUAU